AUGAAUUGCUCAUUUGGAAAUAAAUUUCAGCAGUCCAUAAUUUAUGAUGAAUAACAAAGUAAGUCUUAUAUUAAUUUAUUUAAUGAAAAAAAUGAUUGUGAUUAACAAUUCAUAUGUAAAAUUAAUAAUAUCAUACAAAUUUUACAAUAUGCUUUACCAUAUGUAUUUGAAAAACAAUUCAAAAUGAUGAAUAAUAUGAAAAAUAUAAUAAUUCCAAAAGCUUUCAAAUUGGAAUUUACAAUUGAUUAAGUCACAAAAUAAAAUAUAAUAAUGCCCUUUAAAUUAUUAAGUAGGGAUAAAUUGAUACUAAGUCCAAUGUUUUGUGAUUUUUACACAUAUCUAGAGACGAUUAAUAACAAAUAAUCUGCAAAUUAUGAAAUUAGUUAAAUAGAUGCUGAUGAAUAUUAUAUAAUUCUAUUAUUGUGGAACCUUAGAGAGAUCUUAAAUUAUUAAUACAAAAAUCAUGCUACAUUUGAAAUAAUACUAUUUCCUUAAUCGUAUUCAUUUGGAAUAUGUAAAAUUGAAGAUAAAAUAGAAUAAUAUUAUUUUUAUUCGCAUUCUAAAUUUCAACAAAUAUCUAACAAUAUUAGUUAAGCAUUAAAAUUAAAAAAAAUAAGUGAAUUAUAAAUAAAUCUAUUUGAAAUUUAUUAAUUUGAUAUAACUAUAAAAAAUGGAUAAUAUAUAGAGAAGAAAUUUAGAUAAAAUGAAAUUAUGAGAUAAUAGUUUGACUAAAAUAUAAUUGAUGAAAUAGAAAUAAAAUAUGGGAUUAAAAAUUAAAAUGGUUUUUAAAUCAGAAGUAGAAAUUCAAUAUAGAUUUAAAGUACUUUAUGUCUAACAGGUAAAAUAUAGGAGGAUUAAAAUCAUAUAAUCAUAUUUAAAUAAAAUAACAAUCCAAAAUGUGUUUGUGGAAAAGAAAUUGAUCCAUAUAGUAGUGACACAUUAAUAAUAGAUUAGUAUUUAAAAGAGGCUGUUGAUUAAAUUACUUUAGAAUUAUAAAUGGAUUUCAAAUUAGAUUAUAGAAUAUUUCUUAUACCAUUAUUUUUGGAAAUUGAAAUAGACUAACAUGAAAAUGAAUGGAUUAUAUUAUUUUUUAAAGAUAAAAAUAAUAAUAAAGUUUAAUUGAAAAAAUAAAUGUUUAAAGUUAAGAUGUACAAUGAAAAUAUAGAUUUAAAUUAAGAUAUUGAAGAAUAUUAAGAUAGAUUAUUUGAGGGAAUUGAUACUGAUGAUAAUUAAGAAUUUUAUAUGUAAAUGGAUAAAAAUACACAUACUAAAAUAUUAAAAGAAUAAGAUAUAUAAUUUGUUUGUAAUGAUGAUGAUGGAUAUUAUAAAAAUUGA